GCGGUCAUCGCAAUGAAGAAAGGGACGCGGCUGUUGAAGUAUGGCCGACUGGGAAGGCCGCGAGCCUGCUAUUUCCGUCUGUCUGCCGACGAAACGGAGCUGGUGUAUCUCUCCGGCGACCGAGAGAAGUCGCUUCCUCUCUCCGCAGUCAGCACGAUCGCGUGGGGCCAGAAGACAGCCAUAUUCCACCGGCACCUGAGGCCAGACAAGGAGAACCAGUCCUUCUCCAUCAUCUUCUGCAACGGCGAGAGGACCAUCGACGUCAUCUGCAAGGACACGGACGAGGCGGAGAUGUGGUUCGUGGGGCUGGGAACGCUCGUGGAGAAGCAGCGCCGCACGCAGUCGGAACGGCUGGGCAGGCAGGCGGUGGUGGUGGCGGAGAGAGGGACGCCCGACUGGUCGCCCAACUCCUCCCCCUUCUUUUCUGUGGACCGCCUCAUGCCCGCGUCCAAGUCCGCUCAGCACACCUCCUUCCCAUCCCCAUCCCUUUCCACCACUCUGCACCCCACUCAGCCCCAGGCAGGCGGGUCCGCGACAGCCAGUCCGCCGGACAGGCUGAGCCCAGACGUGGCCCCCAUGCCCGCGUCCAAGUCCGCGCAGGACAUCUCAACGUAUCCAGCAGCAGAUGACCGCUCCAGUGACGGAGAUGAUGCCUCAGACACUGCCUCUCUCAGUGGCUUCUCCGGGCUAUCCGUGCCUCACGCGUCCACCGCCUAUGCGCAGUCGAUUCUGGGGUUGAAUAGUAGCGGUGAUGGUGGGGUUGGAGGGGUUGGGAGCGGUGGGGGUGGGGGUGGCGGUGGGGUUGCCAGUGGGAGUGUGACUAUAGCGGGCGCAGCUGGGCCUGGGACGAGUUCUGUGCCGUCCACCACCUCCUCGUCCUCCUCGUCCUGGUGGGACAAGUCUUCUGCUUCCAGUAGAACGGAGUCCACAGCUGUUACGCAGGGUAAACCACCCUCCGGAAUGUGGGCUGAUGCUGCUGCAGUGGCAAGUCACCCGAGCACAACCAGUAGUGCAGGGGAGGACGCGGGGGGAGAGGCGCUAGGAGAUCUGUUCAUGUGGGGGGAGGGGCUGGGGGAAGGGGCGCUAGGGGGAGGCGGGAUGAGAAAGAAGGGCGGGCAGAGGAUGGUGAUGGGGGCGGAUUACGACAGUGUGGCGCCGAAAGCACUAGAGUCUGGAGUAGUGCUGGAUAUAUGCAGAGUGGCGUGUGCGGAGGAGCAUGCAGCGCUGGUGACGCGGCAGGGGGAGGUGCUGUGCUGGGGGGAGGAGUCCGGGGGGAGGCUGGGGCAGGGCGUGGAGAAGGACGUGGAGCAUCCGCAGCUGGUGGAGGCGCUGGGAGGCCUGCGGGUGGAUCAGGUGGCGUGUGGCAAGCACUUCACAUGCGCCCUCACGCGAGGGGGCGAUGUGUACAUAUGGGGGGACGGGCGCAGGUGCCAGGGGCUGCUGGGGUCAGGCGGGUACGGGGACAUGCCGCAGUGGGUGCCGCGCAGGCUGGGCGGCCCUCUGGACGGGGUGCAUGUGGUGCAGGUCGCAUGUGGCCCCUGGCACGUGGCGGUGGUGGCGGGUGGAGGGGAGGUGUUCACGUUUGGGGACGGCACGUUUGGAGCUCUGGGCCAUGGCGACUGCAAGGUCGUCCCAGUGCCCAGGCAAGUGCAGGCACUGCAGGGCUUCCGAACCCUAAGAGUGGCGUGUGGGGUGUGGCACACAGCAGCAGUGGUGGACACAGGCCCGUCAGGCGAUGGGGGUAGUAGCAGCAGCAGCAGCGGCACAGGGGGUUGUGGGCAGGUGUUCACGUGGGGCGAUGGGGACGGGUACAAGCUGGGCCAUGGGGACAAGCAGCAGCAGCUGCUACCAACUCUGGUCAACGCCCUGCGCCAGGAGAGCUGCUCCCAGGUGGCGUGUGGGGAGAGUGUGACAGUGGCGGUGACAGCAGAAGGGCAGGUGUAUACGUGGGGCAGUGCAGAGUAUGGACAGCUGGGGAACCCUCAAGCUGAUGGCAAGCUGCCAGCUCGAGUGGCGGGCCCGCUGCAGCUGAAGCAGGUGGAGCAGGUGUCAUGUGGGGCGCACCACGUGGCAGCGCUCACCACCACAGCGCACUUGUUCACGUGGGGCAGGGGCGCCAACGGCCGCCUGGGCCAUGGGGAUGUGAAGGACCGGGACGUGCCCACUGCUGUCACUGCUCUCAAAGACAGACGCGUGCUGCUGGUGUCCUGUGGAGCAGCCAGCACAGCCGUGGUGUGUCAGCACAAGCCCUUCUCAGGCGCUGACAACUACCAGUGCAACCAGUGCCGCCAGCCCUUCACCUUCGCGCGCCCCCGCCACAGCUGCUACAACUGCGGGCAGCCAGUGUGCCACGCCUGUAGCAGCCGCAAGCUACUGGGAGCCGCCAUGGCCCCCUCCUCCUCGCGCCCCUACCGCGUGUGCGACUCCUGCCAUGCCAAGAUGGUUAAAGCUGCUGCUGCCGCUGCUGCUGCUGGGGCUGCUGUAGGGGCUGCUGUGGGGGGGGCUGUGGGGGCUGCGGCAGCAGGUGGUGGUGUGGGGUAUGGGUCGGUGGGUGGUGUGGGUGGGAUGGGAGGAGGAGGGUCAGGGGCGGUUGCCGCAGGGGCAGGCGCAGGUGCAGGAGGGGGUGCAGCUGGUGCAGAUGCCCUUCCUAACUUCCGCCGCACUCGCACCGAAGCCCUUCCAGCACUCUGGAGCUCCAUAGCCGUCCCCACCUCCUUCGCCUCUUACCUGUCCCAGCAGCCUCGCCCACAAGGUCUCUCACAAGGUCUCUCACAGGGAACCCAGGGACCCUCCCAUGCCCCCCACUCCCGUGCCCUCCCCCCUCCCAACACUUCUGUAUCCGCCUCCCUCCCCGCUCUCCCUGCCGCUACCCAUGCCCACUCCGCCUCGCCUCCCCUCCGCACCAGCGCGUCACCUCCCGCCAAACCUGACGACUCCCAUCUCCGAACCAGCCGGUCGCUCCGAACCUCGGUUCAAGGCCCGGGGAAGAGGUCAACCAGCCCGAUGCUCCGGCGGUCCAUGGGCACGAGCCCGCUUCGCCGAGCCUCCAGCCCGACCGCGGCUCAGAUAGCUUCGGCAGCCGCUGCAGCUAUGGCUGCUGCUAUGGCAGGGCGUAUGCCUGGGCCCACCCCUGCCUCCAUUGCAGCAGCAGCUGCAGCGGCAGGGCAGGUGGGACCGGGGGGCAUUGGAGGGGUGGGGGGGAUGGGGGCUGUGGGGGGACUGGGAGGCGUUGUGGCACUGCCUGGGGGGAGAGGGAUGAGAGGAGGGUCGUCGGUUGGGAGGGUGGGCGGAGUGGGAGUUGCAGGAGCAGGGGAAGGAGCGGGUGGGGUGGAGGGAGGAGAAGGAGGAGGAUGGUCGGCCAUGACAAAAGCAUUGGAAGAAACAUCGGAGGCGGAGAGGGACACAGCAAUGGCGGGCAUGAGGCACGCGAAGCAGAACGCAGAGAGGGAGGCAUACCGCCUGCAGGAUGAGGUGGAGGUGCUGCGGCAGCACUGCCAGCUGCUGGAGCAAGAGCGCAGGGCCACCUUGGAGCUAGCCCAGAGGCAAGUUGAGGCAGCAGUGACAGCAGCCAGUGAAGCAGGGGCACGUGCGGCAGGAGCACGUGACAUCAUCCAAGUGCUCUGCGCUCAGAUGCAGGAGCUGCUGCAGCAUGCACCGUUGAUCCCGGUCAAGCAAGCCAGCCUCGCGAUCCGAGCCGUUGAUGACUCUGUGCUGUACACGGGUCCUCUGCUCCUGUCGUCGUCCUCGCUGCCCCCGUCUCUUGUUGAGCUGCCACCGCAGCCGGUUUCAGGGAGUGGUGGUUCCGCGCUUGCUGCUGCACCCGCUCUUGCAACUGCUGCUCCCGGUGCUUCUGUGGGGAGUGUUGAGGGGUGUAGGGUAAGGGGUGGAGGCAUAGCAGCAGGAGCAGCGGCAGCAUCAGACGCAGGAGCAGUAGAAGCAAGUGCUGCUUCCCAGGCAGCAAGACCAGGAAGUCUCACUGCCAACUCGCGUCCAACCAGAGGCUUCCACGUGUCCUCCUCUUUGGGUAGCUAUAGCAGAGCGGAAGAAAAUGGCAAGGGAUUCCCUGAGCUGGUGCUUGCUGUGCCCAGCAACCAGCAGCAGCACCCGUGGCAGGGGAACGCAGGAUCCUCGUCUGAUAUGAUAUCACCGCGUUCCAAGUGGAUUAGUGGGGGGAGAGCUACAGAGGGAGCAGCCGCAGCAAGAGCAGCAGGAGGGAGAGAGGCAGGCUCGUUUUCUGGUGUGGCAGGGGUGGGCGUGGCAAGGGGAGGGUCCAGUGUGGAUGUAAGCGCACGUGAGAGCGUGGGAGUGGGGGGUUCAGUCAGGGGAAGCUCACCCUUUGAGGCUCCAGCACGCUGGACAGAAGCAAGUGCGGAGAGGGGCAGCUCUGGCGCUCAGCUGGAUGGUCUCAGCCUGAGAGAUUCCCAGGGGGGGUAUCUUGGCAGUAGGGGGAUGGGUGAGAAGCAGGAGCGACGGACACUGCCUGUGUUUGAGGCACCACGGGGCGAGAGCAGCGAGCAGCAGCAGCAGGAGAGCAAGAGUCGCAUGGUGCCGUCGCUGGUGCGGCUGCAUGAGUCAUGGACGCAUCUGCGGCAGCGCGAGACCACUCCUGAGCGCGUUCCUGUAGGUGUCUCUGUGGGAACUCUGCCUCCCAGUGCAGCUGUGCCUCCUCAUGUGCCUGGCCCAAGCAGCAGGAGGAGCCUACCUGCUGUUCCUGGGCUCAGCAGCAGAAGCAGUGUGGGUGGGAUGAGCGAGAGCGGAUGGAGAGAGAGUUUGGUCCAGGAACGGAAUGGGCGGCUGAGUGAGAAUCUGAUUGGUAGAUUGGGAGGACUGGCAGGGGAGAGGUACAUUGGUGGGGAAGGGGGGGCUGGGUUGGGUGAGGGUGAUGAGUCAGUUGAUGGUGGUGGUGGCAGUGGUGCGAGGGAAGCAGGUUCUACUGAUGAGACCAGGCAAGAGCUGAGCUUUGGUUCUCAAGGAGGGGAAAACAAAAACGUUGAACAAAGUUUUAGGUAUGCAGACUUGCAAGAGAACAUGGGGCAGGGUGAGGAGGAGGAGGAAGCAGAUGGCUUGCUGUCUGCAUACCCACACACUGAGCAGGAACUGCAUGGGAGGCUGUCGAUCAACGGCUUGGAAAAAACUGGCAUGGCUGGUGCUGAUGGAGCUUCAAGCUCUGCUGAUGCUGCUACAGGGGCUUGUACAAUUGAGGAGCAUCCAGGCAUGUUGACGGAGGAGACAGUUCGGAUGCAUGGAUUGGAUGGUAUUGCUGAGUGUGAGGAAGAAGGUAGAGGGGCGGACUCAGGGGGUGGUGAUGACAGGGAUGGGUCACAGAGUGAAGCUGGGUCGACUAGUUCAAGUAGGCGUGGGGAGGGCAAGGGAGGAAGCAGGAAGUCGACGCGCAAGCUGCAUGAUAACGAGUGGGUGGAGCAGCCGGAGCCUGGGGUGUACAUUACACUUUCCAAGCUGCCCGGUGGUGGAACCGAGUUGAGACGGGUCCGAUUCAGCAAGUCAUUCUCCCCUCCAUCGCCCACGCGCACUCCCCUCCGUCGUCCACGCUCACUGCCCUCCGUCGCCCACGCUCACUCCCCUCCCGUCGCGUUUCGCAAUCUCCCCUCCGUCAUCCACGCUCACUCCCCUCCCGUCGCACACGCUCACUCCCCCGCAUCGCCCACGCUCACUCCCCUCCAUCGCCCACGCGCACUCCCCUCCGUCGCCCACGCUCACUGCCCGAUCGCUGACCAUUGUUCACGUCACCACAUUGGCGUUUGUGUUGUAGCGCGCAAUAGUAGGGCUCGCUUCGCCAUGGAUUCUUGGAGGAGCUCCGUGGCUGGCGGAGGGGCCUCGCAGUACUCCCAGCAGGGUUAUUCCUUGCAACAGCUGACACAACAGCAGCAACAGCAGGUGGCAUCCGCGACGCCCGCUGCAGCAGCAGGGAGCGGCCAGUACUAUACGUACCAGUCGCUUGCUGGUUAUGGCACCCAGGCGCAGCAGCAGCAGCAAGCGCAGCAGGCGGGACAGCAGCAGCAGGUUUCUUACACCCAGGGAGCUUCGGCUGCGUCGGCCAACCCGUAUUCCUCGCUCUCCUCCUUCGCCACCACCGUCGACGGAACGUCCAAGUAUUCGGCCGGCGCGCAGGCAGUCGCUGCAGCCUACGGCCUCGAUAUAUCCAGCGGUGCGGGAACCGCCGGCGGUGCUUCCGCGUACGGCGGGUAUGGCGUGGGGACGACUGCUGCUACUCCGGCCGCCGCUGGAGGGACGUUCAGCUUCGACCCCAAGACGGGGGCCUACUACCAGGACGCGUCAUCAACGUACCAGCAGCAGCAGGGCGCGGGUGGAGCGUCGGCCAUCGGGCUGGCAGCAGCAGCGGCGUCCAUGCAGCAGGCCAUGGCGUCGCAGCAGCAGGCAGCUGCAGCGCAGCAGCGCGUCUACACCGCGACGGACAGCUACGGGCAGCAGGUGCUGGUAACGGGGCCCACAGCCGCGUCAGUGGGAGGAGGGCAGCGGCAGAUCGUGUACACCACGGGCGUGCAGUACGACGCUGCUGCUGCUGCCGGCGGUGCCACGCCUGUCAUGCUCACUGCCGCGGGUCCCGGGUAUGCUGCCAUGGGGGGAGGCGUGUCCGGCAUGGGCGCGGGCAGCGUCCCGUUCCAGCAGCAAAUGGCCGUGGCGAUGCAGCAGCAGAUGCAGCAGCAGCAGCAGCAGCAACAGCAGCAGCAGCAGCAGCACGUGCCGGCGCAGGGGUUUUCAGCGCCGCAUCCCACGCCUCAGGGCUUCCAUGGCCGGGACUUCUCUGCACCAAAGGCGUCUGCCCCUGCUGGCCGAACUUCCGGCCUUGGCGGUGGCAGGGAGGCGGCUGCUGCUGGAGUGCCAAGGAAGGACGAGCGCGACUAUCACAGGCACAGGUCUCCGCCCCGUGACUAUUACCGCCCCUACUCCUGCAAGAUUGAGCCCUUCCCAUUCGCGGAGGUGGAGAGGGGGUACCUGAGCAUCUGCAAGCGCUACCCGCGCCUCUACGUGCCAGCUGACUUCUGCAAGGCGCGAGCUGUGUGGCCUACUCAUUCCACGCCGCUGCCACUCUUCACUCCUGUCAGCUUCGAGCACGACUCAGUAGAGGUAGAAUCUGACGACUCUGCAACUGCUGCUGCGGCAUCAACGUCGCCUGCUGCUGCAGCAACCGUCGGCACUGCGUCUACUUCGAGCAAGGGAGAUCCAGCAGUGAAGACCGAGCCAGAGGAGGGAGCUCAGGCCACAGAAGAGAAGGGUGAGGUUCAGGGCAUGACAGAGGACGGCACUCCUGCAGGGCAGUCGGCUGGUGCUGCGACAGCGACGGCUGGGGAGUCGCCUCCAGAGGACACGUCUAUGGCUACGGCGAAUGAGAGCUGUGGCUUUGCCACGUCGCCUGCCCACUCUGCCGCUGCUCCCUUUGGGCUCGAGCUGCCCAUGCUGUGGACUGUCAAGGUGCUGCUGAUGAGCGGUCUGGACGCGCCAGCCCUCGCCCAGAUCACGUCAGACAAGCCCCCAUCGCCCCACGAGCGGCCCCCUCACACCAACCACUCGUUGCGAUUCGUCUGCAUGCGCCGCGACCGCGAUCCCAUCUCAGCCAUUGGCGGGCGCUGGGAGGCGGAAACGGACGGUGGAGAUCCGAGCAAGGAGGACUCUGGGCUCGUGCGAGCUGCGAUCAGGUUCGUGAAGGCUACCGUGCGUGUGGAUCUGAGCGCAUGCAAGGACUGGGCGCGGCUUAUCGACGUGGUUUACAUGAGAUCUGAUAGCCAUGGCAAGCCGACCAACCUCGAGACUGUGGUCUACCUUUUGCCGAAUCUGUCGGAGUGCCUUCCGAGCCUGGAGGAUUGGAAGAAGGCUGUGAAAGAGCUGGAGGCUAAGAGGAAGGCGAUUGAAGAGAAGGAGCGGAAGGAGAAGGAGAGGAGGGACAAGGAACGGAAGGAGCGUGAGAAGGAGAAGGAAAAAGAGAAAGAGAAGGAGGAGAAGGAAAAGGAGAAGGAGAAGGAGAAAGAAAAGGAGGAAACUGGAAAGGAGAAGGAGAAAGAUGAUACGGACGAGCAGGAGAAGGAGAAGGAAAAGGAGAAGGAAAAGGAGAAGAAGGAGAAGGAGAAGGAGGAGGAGAAGGCUAAGGAAGGAGGCUCUGAUGUGGCCAAGGAGGGCAAGGAUGGAGCUGAGGGUUCAGGUGAUGGAGAGAAGGCAGAGGGAAGUGAGGCAAAGGAGGGAGCGGGGAAGGAAGGCGAGGACAAGGACAAGGAAAAGGAGGAGAAGGAGAAGAAAGAGAAAGAGGAGAAAGAAAAGAAGGAGAAGGAUGAGAAGGAGAAGAAAGAGAAGGAGGAGAAGGAAAAGGCAAAGGCGAAGGAGAUUACGAAUCCUGGAUUCGUCCUGGUUUCCUCACGCACUAAAACCGUCAAGGUGAAGACGCUCACUAUCUCUCUGGAUGGGUUGCUGGACUAUGAUGAGGAGGACAGGGACGAGUCCUCCUUCGAGCUGGGAGUGGUGGCGGAGAGCAUCAGCGAGUACAUACAGGAGCGAGCAGGCCGAACCAUCUUCACGCACCUGCAGUUUCUGUAUCCCUUGUCCCUUGCAAGGAGGGCCAAGGAGAAAGAGCGCGAAAGGGAGCGGGAGAAGGAGAGAGAGAAGGAGCGGGAGAAGGAGAGGGAGAGUCGCAAGCGCAGGCUGGAGGCUGAAGCAGCUAAGGAGAAGGCAAAGGAGGGCGGCGAGGGAGAAGGGAAAGGGGAGAAGGCGAGUGGAGAUGAGGCAGCGGCGAAACGGGCGAAGGUGGAAGGUGGGGAGGGGGAUGUUGAGAUGGAGGUUGAGGAGGAGAAGAAGGGAGAGGAAGGCGGUGCAGUGAAGAAGGAAGAGAAGAUGGAGGAGGAUGAGGAGAAGAAGGGGGACGAUGGGAAGGAUAAGAAAGCCAGUGCAGAGGAGGCAGUGAAGAAAGAGGAGCAGGUGGAAGGGAAGGAAAGGAAGGAAGUGAAGGAUGAGCUAAUGGAGGAGAGUGGUGCAGCGGUGGAAGAGGGGAAGAAGGCGAGUGGUGGAGCAGUAGAGCUCGGGCCGGUAGAGAAGGGGGCAGGAGUUACAGAGGGGGAGAAGAAGGAGAAGGAAGGCGAGGAGGGGGGAGGGAAGGAUGAGAAGGCAAAGGAAGAGGCAAAGGAGACAAAGGAGGUGAAGGAGGAGGACUCGUGGCCCAAGUCUUCAGUGACCUCCUCUGACCUUGUCCUUGCCUUCCGUCAGUUUGACCGCAACCACUCCGACUACCUCAAGUCGGAGGAUCUGCGCCGUCUGCUUCACUGCCUGGGGAUCAAUCUCAGCCACAAGAUGGUUAAGGAGCUGGCGCUGGUGGGGGCAGCGGAGAGUGGCAAGCACAGGGACGAGCGCGUCUACUACCGCGUUCUUGCCAACUACUGUUGCUGA